AUUUCCGUCACGACAGAGCUGAAAACCCAGACACAUCUGGAAAAUUAUCAUAGCAUAAUCCAUACCUUCAUAUAUAUAUUUUUCGAUUAGUCAGAUCUGAAGUCUCGCCACGAUGCAGAACUCGGGUCGCGGAGCGGACCACUUCAACUUUAUCCAGCGAACGGAUCGAAAGAGUCUCCACACUCAGAUUGGGCUCCUGGUGGCCAAGGCGAAGCAGGUGACCGCCGAAGAGCUGCUGGAGCGCAGCCAGAGGUUGAAGAAGAUGCUCGACGAGGAGGACAAGCGCUACGAGGAGGAGUUCUCCAAUACCGUAAAGACACGCAUGAAUGAGCGCAAGGAGCACGUGAACGCCAUCCAGGAGCAGGUGGCCAAGCAGCAGAAGAAGUUCCUAGAGGAGAAGCACCUCCAGAGGAUGAUGCUGGACUGCUAUGAGGUUCGGGAGGCUAUGCGCCACCAGGACCUCAUAGAGACUAAGAUAGUCCAGGAGGAGCAGAUCCUCGAGAAUCAGCGAAAGAAGCGGCGAGAGUGCCAGCUGGAGCAGUACUGGUCCGAGCUUAAUCGCCGGCGGUGGGCCCAGUUCGACUGCGACCACGCGAACGAGGUCCUGAGGCGUCAACAGGUGCAGAAACAGGUGAACCACGUCCUGGGCAUGCAAGUGGCUGAGCACGAGGAGAAGCGCAAGGAGGCCGAUGCGGAGAAGAUGGAGGAGGAGCGCGUCAUAAACGCUCUGCUGGAGGAGAUCCGCCUGGAGGAGUUCGAGAAGGAGCACCAGCCUGCCCCUGUGGACCAGCUGGCCUACCAGGCCGAGCUCCUCAAGGAGAUUCAGCGGAAGCAUUGCGCUCGCCUGGCGGAGUGGGAGGCGGACAAGGCGGAUCACCGGGCCUUCUGUCUCGAAACCCAGCGCCUGGAGGCUGAGGCUCUUGAAAGGAUUGCCCAGUCCAAGAAGGACCUCAACAGAGCCACCUUGGAGUACCUGGCUUAUCUGCGCCGCAUGCAGUCUCUGGAGCUAGGCAUCGAGAAGAUGAUGGACGAGCGCACCGCCGACCUCUACCAGGUGGAUGUCUGCACCAAGGUCAACAUCGCCGAAAGGAUUCGAGUGAAGCGCGAGGCGGCCGACAAGUGCUACGAAAUCCUGCGGAAGCAAGUGUGCGAUGACUAUGAAAGGAGGCUUCUCUGGGAUGCUGAGCUGCGUGAGAACAAAAUGCCAGAGAAUCGCUUCGUUCAUCCGGAGGUCACCCACGAGAUGAUCAUAUGCCGAAAGCUUCGCUACAAGGCCGACCUCGACGCCCAGAUCACGGAGAUGAAGCGCAUCCAGGCGGAGGAGGAAAAGAAGUUCGACAGCCGCCUAAUGGCGGCCAUAGACGAUCCUGUGGUGUGCAAGCAACUGGCCAAGGAGAUCCUGGACAGCGGCGUCGACUACCUGGCUCCACAUCCCAACUGGCGGGUGCUGGCCUGUAAUCCAAAGCAAUAUAUUCCCAGAGCCCCCACGACGGAGCAAGAGUUCAACGCUCGAGUGGCCGGCGCCAGUUUGGAAAAUUGUCCUUGUCCCAAGGAGGCGAAGAAGCACUGCGGAUUCAUGGCUGACAUCGCUAAAUGCGACGUUCCUCCCGAGGGCCCAAAGCCCAAAGCGAUGAAAUCAACCAUUGAGUCGUCUCCCGUGGCUCAAAAGUCCGGCUUUAGGAAUUGUCAUUGCAAGUUCUACUAGUGCAGGUUCGCUGUAAGGAACUUACAGCGAUCUAAAAUUGUUUAAAUGUUAUAGUCUUGAGGCAAUUUAAACGAAAUAAAAUUAACGCUGCAAGAUAA